AUGUAUUCAUCGUCAUCAAAUUCAUCACUGCGUGUGGGUGGAAGAAAUAUGAAACAUUGUGAAGAAGAUAGUGAAAGACGUAGAGUGCGGAGAAUUGAUGUUGACGAAGCGACAGGGGACGGACACGACGAGGAGCGAGGAGGCGAACGAAGGACGGAUAGGAGAGAAUUCUUGAGCGGCGGUGGCGGUGAGCGCCCCGAACAAUAG